AUGCAGUGUGAGGAUAAGUCACAAUUUGGGUUUGCAGCAAAGAUGCUUUCAGAACAAACAGCAGUCCUGGGGACAGGAUGGGAGUCAAUGAAUGUCCAGCUGGAUGGAACAGAGCCUCAGGUGGAAAGGGGAAGUCAAGAAGAGGGGCCAUGGAGAACAGCACCAGGGCCACUGGAGCACCUGUGCUGUGACCUUGAAGAGGAGCCACAGUCCCUUCAGGAGAAGGCUCAGUCGGCCCCCUGGGUUCCUGCCAUUCCCCAGGAGGGGAGCACCGGAGAUUGGGAGAUGGCAGCUGCACUUCUUGCGGCAGGAUCACAGGGCCUGGUAACCAUCAAGGAUGUAUCACUGUGCUUCUCUCAGGAGGAGUGGCGGAGCCUGGAUCCUUCUCAGACAGACUUUUAUGGAGAAUAUGUCAUGCAGGAAAACUGUGGGAUAGUGGUCUCUCUAAGAUUUCCAAUUCCCAAACUGGACAUGCUUUCUCAACUAGAAGGAGGGGAAGAACAAUGGGUCCCUGACCCCCAAGACUUAGAGGAGAGGGACAUCCUGAGGGUCACAUAUACAGGAGAUGGCAGUGAGCACGAGGGUGAUACCCCUGAACUAGAAGCAGAACCUCCCAGAAUGUUAUCUAGUGUGUCUGAAGAUACUGUUCUCUGGAACCCAGAGCAGGAUGAGAGCUGGGAUUCCAUGCCCAGGAGCUCCAGAGGAAUGCUCCUGGGUCCACCUUUUCUUCAGGAAGAUAGCUUCUCAACCCUUCUAUGUAGCACAGAGAUGGAUUCCCUGUUAAGACCGCACACAUGCCCCCAAUGUGGGAAACAGUUUGUGUGGGGCUCCCACCUUGCCAGGCACCAGCAAACACACACUGGGGAGCGGCCCUACAGCUGCCUCAAGUGUGAAAAGAGCUUCGGGCGAAGACAUCACCUGAUCCGGCACCAGAAAACCCACCUACAUGACAAGCCCAGCAGGUGCUCUGAGUGUGGCAAGAAUUUCCGAUGCAACUCCCAUCUAGCCAGCCACCAGAGAGUGCAUGCGGAAGGCAAAUCCUGCAAGGGCCAAGAGGUUGGAGAGAGCCCUGGGGCUAGGAAACGGCAGCGGGCCCCACCAGUGCCAAAGUGCCAUGUGUGCACUGAGUGUGGGAAGAGCUUUGGCCGACGGCACCACCUGGUGAGACACUGGCUGACCCAUACUGGGGAGAAGCCCUUCCAGUGCCCUCGCUGUGAAAAGAGCUUUGGCCGUAAACAUCACCUGGACAGGCACCUGCUGACCCACCAGGGACAAAGUCCCCGGAGCAGCUGGGACAGAGGGACAUCUGUCUUUUGA